AUGCUCCGCGUUUCCAUUCCCGCACUCAAGACGCUGCAGCCUCUGGGCUCGCGUGUGCUGGUGAGACGCACUCUGGCAGCCAAGCAAACAAAGGCCGGUGUGCUCAUCCCCGAGCAAGUUGCUGGUAAAGUCAACGAGGGUACCGUUGUCGCUGUGGCGGCUGCAACAAAGGACUGGACACCGAGUGUGAAGGUUAAUGACACUGUGCUACUUCCUGAGUUUGGUGGAAGCAGUAUUAAGCUGGAAGGAGAGGAACUGUUCCUCUACAACGAAGACUCGUUGCUUGGUGUUAUCCAGAAUUGA